AUUCAGUAUCUAUAUUACAAGUUAUUAUAAAAGUAGAAAUAAUGGUUCGACUAAGGAGUAUUGUGGCAAUUAUUAUUUUUGCAUUAAUAUGUGUUUUUGCAGAAGAUGGUUACGAUACCAAAUAUGACGAUAUCGAUGUAAAUGGUAUUCUCGAGAACAAUAAAUUACGAGAACAAUAUUAUAAAUGUUUUAUGGACCAAGCACCAUGCAUGACAGCGGAUUCGAAGUUCUUUAAAGAAAUUGUUGGAGAAGCUUAUCAUACUAAUUGUAAAAAAUGUAACGAAAGGCAAAAUAUUAUGCUGGACACAAUGGUUAAGUGGUAUAAACAAAAUCAGCCCGAUAAAUUUAAGGCUUUCGAAGAAAAGACUGGAAGGGAGUUUCAAAAGAAAGCUUAAUAAUUAUUGACAUAUGUUGACGACGCUAAUGUCGACCAAGGACCGAUUGAAUUACCGACCAUUGAAUUAUGAAACAAUAUCAUUUUAUACAUUAUUAUAUCUUUAAUAUUCAAGGAUUUCUCUCUACUUAUUGUUAGAGAAGAGGACAAUUCAAUAAAUUAAUACUUGUAUUGCAAUAGCAUAUUAAAAAUCUAAAUAAAAAUCUAUGAAGCAAUA